GUAACAUUCCAUAAUAAGUGAGAGUAUCCUCCCGGGUGAUCUCCAGUCACCGCUCUGCCGCCUCCACCACAGGACUGUCACUCUUCUCCUAUAUAGUGCUCUUUAUUGCCAGGGCACGGGCAUUAUUGUGUAUCCCCUGUCAGGAACCCGGUGAGUAGGCAAAGAGCCAAGCGCAGCAGCAGGAUCAGCAGCAGCCACACCGUCUACAUCAGCGAAACUCGUGGACACUCCGAUUUCAUAUUCUUAUAUCCGAGCGAACGGCCACCAUGAGCAAACAAGAAAUGGGAAGGUUUAAUAUUUCUCCGGAUGAAGACAGUAUGAGCUCCAACAGCAACGAUGAUUAUCCGGACUAUCCAGCAAAGAAGCUCUCCAUUAAAGGCCGUUAUGAUAUGGAUUCUGAAAACCAGAAUUUUCUACUUGAACCUACUAUGGCAAAGAAGAAAUGUGAGACAGAAUAUCUCCCAGGUACCACCUCAUUUGGCAUGUCAGUAUUUAACCUCAGUAAUGCCAUCGUUGGAAGUGGAAUUCUGGGUCUUUCGUAUGCCAUGGCUAACACUGGGAUAGCACUUUUUAUGAUCCUGUUGACAUUUGUGUCGAUAUUCUCUCUCUACUCCAUUCACUUAUUACUGAAGACAGCAAAUGAAGGAGGUUCCUUAUUAUAUGAACAACUUGGAUUUAAAGCCUUUGGUAUUUGUGGAAAACUUGCAGCUUCUGGAUCUGUCACCAUGCAGAAUAUUGGAGCUAUGUCAAGCUACCUCUACAUAGUGAAAUAUGAACUGCCACUUGUGAUCAAAGAACUUGUUGGCCCACAUAUUGAUUCUAAUGCAUGGUAUGUAAAUGGAGAUUAUAUGGUCAUUAUGGUCUCCGUGCUGCUCAUCCUUCCUUUGUCACUAUUAAGAAACCUGGGAUACCUGGGUUAUACCAGUGGUCUUUCUCUGAUGUGUAUGGUCUUUUUCCUGAUUGUUGUGAUCUACAAGAAAUUUGAGCUAACAUGUCCUUCCUGGAUCGAAUCUGAUGCCAUUAACAUAACUCUGAAUAGCACAAUUUCCAAUCUGCUCACACAAGGCCACGCAGAGCUCAACCAGACACACAAUGAUGACAUGUGCACGCCAAAAUACUUUGUAUUUAACUCACAGACAGUCUAUGCUGUGCCCAUCCUGACUUUCUCCUUCGUCUGUCAUCCAGCUGUCCUUCCCAUCUACCAGGAACUUAAAGGACGCAGUCGUAGAAGGAUGAUGAACGUGUCAAAUGUGUCAUUCUUUGCCAUGUUUCUCAUGUACCUGUUGGCUGCUCUCUUUGGAUACUUGACUUUUUAUGGUAAUGUUGAACCAGAGCUGCUUCACACAUACUCAAAAGUUGCAGGAGGAGGAAUCCUUUUUGUCAUUGUGCGUCUGGCCGUUCUUAUCGCUGUCACCUUGACUGUGCCUAUUGUUAUUUUUCCAAUCCGCAGCUCCAUCACACAGCUGUUGUUUGCAGGAAAGGACUUUGCAUGGUGGCGUCACAUUCUGAUCACACUUUUGAUUCUUGCAUUUGCCAAUGUUCUUGUCAUCUUUGUUCCCACCAUAAGAGACAUCUUUGGAUUUAUUGGUGCCUCUGCAGCUGCUAUGUUGGUUUUCAUCUUGCCCUCUGCUUUUUACAUAAAGUUAGUGAAGAAGGAAUCCAUGGGCUCUGUCCAAAAGAUUGGAGCUACGCUGUUCCUGAUCAGUGGAUUUGUGGUGAUGAUUGGCAGCAUGACCCUUAUUAUCAUGGACUGGGUACACACUGAAUCUUCUGAUGGGCACUAAGUGGCUUGGAGAGGAACCUAACACUUUGCUAAAAGUGGGACUGUUUUCUCUCAAGCUUUCUACUGAAAAAGAAAAUCAUCUGCUUACAGUUUCACUUCCUUCAAGAUAUCAUUAUUUGUAAAACUAAAGAACUCUUAAGAAGUUAGUUCUACAACUCAGAAAGGACAAUACCAUCCUAAGGUUCUUACAGGAGGAAGUAAUUUUAUUCCAUUCUGGAGAAUGGUCCAAUUAUCUAAACUUUACUGAAGCCACAUAGAUGGCUAUUGUCAAUUACUGUUACUUGUUUGUUAAUACUUGAAUGUGCCUACAGGAACCAUUUCAUGUGAGUAAAUGUUACACUGCUAGUGUCAACAUGAUGGAUGGACACGUUCCCCUUUCUAUGUACCAAAAAUGCCCAGCAAAGACAUGCACUUCUAAGGGGAAGGAUGCAAAAACUGUGCUUAUCUUAAGAGAUCCUUGUUAGGUUCCUUCAGUAUCUACAUCAGUAUUUUACUAAAUAUUAAUUUUGUCAUGUGGUACAAAAUGAUAACAUGGAAAGUCUGACUGAAAGAAGACUGCUCAAGAUUUGUACUGGAAAGUCAAUAGGGACCUUUGUGUGAAAGUACAGGUGACCAGUAAUGCAUUAUCAGCUUUUGUGAACCAGGUUAAAAUACUGCGUUUAGCACUGACAUAAAGCCUUGUAUAAGAUCUUUUUAUUUGGGCAAUACAAGUACCUUUAAUAGAAAUAAUAAUUCACCUACUCAGCUCAGUAUCAGCCUAGUCUGUAUUAUAUUUCUGCGGGUAUACUAGCAUGGUACAAAAGUGAGAUAUUUAAAUGCAUAACUUAUUGAAGCCUGCAGCAGUUUACAGCGUAUAUUAUUUCAGAUAUUUAAUAUCUUUAUUUAUAAAAUACUGAAUUACUUGAGGAACAUAUUUUUUCUUGGCUUUAGAUACAAACCACAAGGCCUACCUUUGUUUCACGCAUAAAAUGUUUACUGUGUACAUUUUACAAAGUCUUUGUUACAGUUCUGAAGGCUACACUAAUUUCCACUGGCAGGUAUGAGAAGAGCUACUGUUGGUCAUGGCUUUCUCUUGUGUCAGGUGGUGGUUAAAUGUUGAGGCCUAAGUCGAGGGUUUUAUGUGGGGGAUGGGGUAGAAUUAUUAACAAAAGUGUUCCCAUCUAAUGUUACUCUUGGAACCAACCAUUUUGUAGAAUAAGACAACAUUUAAUUUAUGAAUUUUGCUCCAUAUCUCAUUGAUAUCACGGGAAUGAUAAUGCUGAAUAUGAAUUCCACCUAGAGAUAGCUAUUUAUGCAGUGCAUUUGUAAGGAGGACAUCUGGGCUACACUGAUAUUCGCACGGCAAUGUUUAUGCAUGCCAUGUCAGACCACCAGGCAGGUUACACAGCAAACUUUGACAGUAUCCUUUAGUGAUAUUGUCUCAUGACGACAGAGCUUAAUUCCUACAAUGUAAACAGUGUGACCUCCCCAUGUAUCAACUGCAACUCUGGCAAGUCACAUGUGUUCUUAAAGGGAUACUCCGUCCCUAAGACAUCUUAUCCAAAGGAUAGGGGAUAAGAUGCCUGAUCACGGGGGUCCCGCCACUGGGGACCCCCGCAAUCUUUCAUGCGGCACCGUGCUAUCAUCAGCCUCUGGAGGGAACAUCGCUCAGUGUCUGAUGAAUCACGAUCACAGGGCCGGAAUAUCGCGACGUCACGCUCCGCCCCCGUGUGACGUCAUGCUCUGCCGCCUCAAUGCAAGCCUAUGGGAGGGGACAUGGUGGCUGUCAUGCCCCCCUCCCAUAGGCUUGCAUUGAGGGGGCAGAGCGUGACGUCACAUGGAGGCGGAGCGUGACGUCAUGAUACUCCGGCCCCGUGCUCAUGAUUCAUCAGACCCGAGACUGAUGAUAGCGGGGUGCUGCAUAUCCUUUGGAUAGGGAAUAAGAUGUCUUAGGGCCGGAGUACCCCUUUUAAAGGGAAUGCUGUAAAGUCUGCCAUGUAUUUGUAUCCUAAAAGGUACAACACGCUGGUACAGGCCAAUUUGUUUGAACACAUACCUCUUCUAACUUAAAUGACAUGGUUAACCUUAGAACUAGAUAUGUGUGAUUUAUACACUACAUCACUAUUGCUAACAGUAAUACAGGUAUAUGACAUUUGCUAUGUGUGAUAGUCCAGACAGCCCCUCAAUCCCAAAGUAAGCAUUUCACCUCAUUGUCUUCCAUAGAUGAAUAUGAACUUGUAUGUCCUAUUUAUACAACACUGACUCAAUGAAAGGCAACCUAUUUUUCAAUAUUUAUGAUGUUUGUAUAGUAGACAAAUGUGUAUAUAAAAUAUAUAUGUAUAUAAAAAUAAUCUGUAAAAUAUCUUUGUAGAUACACGCCCUUUUUAUUUGCCAUGUAUGUUUUUACUAUAAUUACUGUCUCUACAAGGUUUACUUGAAGUAUUCAAGGGAAAUCUAACCUUUCAAAUAAGUAGCAAGGUCUAAUAACAUCAAUAAAAUAAUAUUUUUGUUUUGUUUACUGUGGGCUGUUGAUUUUCAUUAGAUAUCUGUUCACCUUGUUUUCCCAAAAAAAUCAAUGUUAUUAGGAAACACUCCUUUUUCAUUGUCACACAUAAAUAAUGUGUAGCAUACAUAAGAUAAUUUGUGAUUACAUUUAAGUUAAAUCUUAACAUCAAGAAAUGGAUUCAGUUAUUGCCCCCUUUGAAUAAUGUCAGUUCACACUACCUGCUGACAUACUCUUCUAGUAAUUUCAUUUCUAUCAGAUAUCUUUUGAAAACAACAUCCAUGUAUACAGUAAUCCUAUGCCGAUAAGUAUAAGGAUUUUUUCGGGGUAUACUUUAUAUGCGGCUCCAAACUAAACAUUCUGCUGUUAUAGACACUGAAAGCCUUGACACCUUCAAAAUGUUACCGUAUAUUGAAUGCUCUAACUUAACACAGUAGCAGCUUAUUAAACUAUUGGUAGUGUAUUUUACAAGAACUAAUACUUCAUAGUUCCGCCAUUCAUUUGUUUUUAUAAAAUGAUGCCUCUAACAAUGUUGCAUUCACUACUAGAUAAAUAGAUUAAGACUGCACUGUAGUUGUUUGCGCUACACAAUUUUACACCAUCUGGCAAGUCAAGCAUUGGUCUAAGGAAACAUUAGACAGUAAAGGGUCCACUCAUGUAAAUAAACUAGUGAUAUAAUUUACUUAUAGAAUUUAGAGAUAGUGGCUUUUUAUUUUUUUGUUUAUCUGGUUGUGCUGUAUAACACAGGGAUCCAUGCAAUACAUGUUUUAGCAUCUGCUGUAUAAAUGUAAAAUAAUAUGACUAUUGUUACAGCCAGCAGCUCAGUGAGAGUUGUUGGUGAAGUCUGAGUUUCAAUGAAACAUUGUAUGCUUUUAAUUGACCUUAAAUAAAUCCAUAAUAUGAA